CAAACGAGUAAACGCCAUAAUCAGGAAACCGAGGAGUUGGAUUCAAACCGGUAGAUAGUGGCCGCUGUUAUUGAUAAUCAAAAGCCAGGUGUUAUUCUCUCCUAAAGAUGUCCAAAAGACAUCGUUUGGAUUUGGGUGAUGACUACGCCAGCAAGAAGCGGUCUGAAGGGCGUGACCGAGACUCAGACCGAGACCGUGGGGAUCAUUCCAGGGACAGGGACAGAGACCGAGACCGUGAUCGUGACAGAGACAGAGACCGCGAAAGAGACGUGAAGCCUUCCAUUGUGCCACCCAAAAGCACACAGCCAGCCAUCAUCGCCAUGCCUCAGCUAAAGCAGAUGGCCAUGCAGCAGCAGAUCAAUCCCUUCACGAACCUGCCGCACACGCCGCGCUAUUAUGAAAUCCUGAAAAAAAGGUUACAGCUUCCCGUGUGGGAGUACAAGGACAGCUUCAGCGAUAUCAUCACGCGCCAUCAGAGCUUUGUCCUUGUGGGAGAGACAGGCUCUGGAAAGACGACACAGAUCCCUCAGUGGUGUGUGGACAUGGUGAGGAGCCUGCCUGGGCCAAAAAGGGCUGUGGCCUGUACUCAACCAAGGAGAGUGGCGGCAAUGAGCGUGGCCCAAAGAGUGGCAGACGAAAUGGAUGUCAUGCUCGGACAGGAAGUGGGCUACUCCAUCCGAUUUGAAGACUGUAGCUCUGCUAAAACAAUACUGAAGUACAUGACGGACGGUAUGUUGCUAAGAGAGGCCAUGAACGACCCAUUGCUGGAGCGAUACGGAGUGAUCAUUUUAGACGAAGCCCACGAGCGAACACUGGCCACUGAUAUUCUGAUGGGAGUGCUGAAGGAGGUGGUGCGGCAACGAUCAGAUCUGAAGGUUAUUGUUAUGAGUGCCACAUUGGAUGCCGGGAAGUUCCAGGUGUACUUUGACAGCUGCCCCCUGCUGACCAUUCCUGGUCGCACACACCCAGUGGAGAUCUUCUACACACCUGAGCCAGAGCGAGACUACCUUGAGGCCGCCAUUCGCACCGUCAUCCAGAUUCACAUGUGUGAGGAAGAUGAGGGUGAUUGUCUUCUCUUUCUCACAGGUCAAGAGGAAAUUGAUGAAGCGUGCAAACGCAUCAAGCGUGAGGUCGAUGACCUUGGCCCUGAAGUUGGAGACAUCAAAAUCAUUCCAUUGUAUUCCACAUUACCGCCACAGCAGCAGCAAAGGAUCUUCGAGCCACCACCUCCAAGGAAGCCCAAUGGUGCAAUAGGAAGAAAGGUUGUGGUGUCAACAAACAUUGCUGAGACUUCUCUGACAAUUGACGGCGUCGUGUUUGUUAUUGAUCCCGGCUUCGCCAAACAGAAGGUGUACAACCCCCGCAUCAGAGUGGAGUCUUUGCUGGUCACCGCCAUCAGUAAGGCGUCUGCCCAACAGAGGGCGGGACGAGCUGGCAGAACCCGUCCAGGGAAAUGCUUCCGCCUCUACACGGAAAAAGCCUAUAAAACGGAGAUGCAGGAUAACACGUACCCAGAAAUCCUGCGUUCCAACUUGGGGUCAGUGGUCUUGCAGCUGAAAAAGCUGGGCAUUGAUGACCUUGUGCACUUUGACUUCAUGGAUCCACCAGCUCCCGAAACACUGAUGAGAGCCCUGGAGCUGCUCAACUAUUUGGCCGCCCUCAACGAUGACGGUGACUUGACCGAGCUGGGUUCCAUGAUGGCGGAGUUCCCUUUGGACCCCCAACUGGCCAAGAUGGUCAUCGCUAGCUGCGAGUUCAACUGCUCCAACGAGAUCCUUUCCAUUACUGCCAUGCUGUCAGUCCCACAGUGUUUUGUGCGCCCUACGGAGGCCAAGAAGGCGGCGGAUGAGUCCAAGAUGAGGUUCGCCCACAUCGACGGCGACCACCUGACUCUACUCAACGUGUACCACGCCUUCAAGCAAAACCACGAGGCUAACCAGUGGUGCUAUGACAACUUCGUCAACUACCGCUCGUUGAUGUCUGCCGACAACGUGCGGCAGCAGCUGUCCAGGAUCAUGGACCGCUUCAACCUGCCCCGCAGGAGCACUGAGUUCACCAGUCGAGAUUACUACAUCAACAUCCGCAGGGCGCUCUGCACCGGCUUCUUCAUGCAGGUUGCGCAUCUGGAGCGCACGGGUCAUUACCUCACAGUCAAAGACAACCAAGUGGUCCAACUGCACCCAUCUACAGUCCUGGACCACAAGCCUGAAUGGGUGCUCUACAACGAGUUUGUCCUCACCACCAAAAACUACAUUCGCACUUGCACAGAUAUUAAACCAGAAUGGUUGGUGAAGAUUGCUCCCCAGUACUAUGAAAUGAGUAACUUCCCACAAUGUGAAGCUAAAAGACAGCUGGAGCGAAUCAUUGCCAAAUUAGAGAGCAAAGAGUAUUCCCAGUACUAAACAAUAAUCAAGUGUCCUGAAAAAAAAAUAUUGCAUACCUUACUUUUAGAUCUUUCUGUGUCAUUGUAUCUUAAACUGUUCACUAUUUAGCCUUUUUUUUUUUAAAUAUUUUGUUGGCUUUCUGUUUCUUCCCUCGCCAUCAAUGUCCAUUCUCCAAGUGAAAGGCAAGAAUUAAGUGUUAGACCUUGCUAUAAAUAUUUUCAAAAGGAAUAUUGUCAUGUUUUCCUGUAGGGAAGUGUCGAGUGCUGGCUUUUUCUUUAAUAAAGGAGCUUUGACUUAAUGUAUGUACAAAAUGCAGUGAACCCCCAAAUAUUUCAUUCUUGUAAUUUUAUUCCUCCGAAAAUAGGGAGAAAAUGCAUCUCAUUCACCAUAAUUCAGUGUUAAUUUAUUAAUGCCUGAUAACACAGGAAAGUGUACUCCUGCAGUUUGUUUGGUUG